AUGUUGCGCCGACUAAUAGCUGCAUCCUGCUCAAAAUUCCCUCUUGCAUACAGAGGUCUUGCGACCGCUACGACUCCCCAAGUAUCUGGAUUUUCAGGAGCCCGCCUACCGAAUUCACAAUCAUACAUCACCCCGAAACUUCACUUCUUCAAUUCUGUCACUCCAGAUGGUCAGCAAAUACCUACAUAUCGUGUCUUGGACGGUGUCGGAAAGGUCCUUGAGGGUGCAAACGAACCUGAGAUCGACGAAGUGUACGCUCGAAGACUCUAUGAACACAUGCAACUUUUACCUGCCCUUGACACCGUUCUUUAUAAUGUCCAGAGGCAAGGAAAGAUAUCUUUCUAUGUGAGUUGUCAAUAG